CCCGCAAUGGCGGCCCGCUGCCGCCCCGCCCCUCCGCUUGACCGUCCCAAAAUGGCGGCGCUCUCUGACCGGGGCCCCAACAUGGCGGGAGACGCGGAGCCGGAGCCGGGCCGUGUGGUGGAGGCGCUGGAGCUGCURCUGGGGCCGCCCGGUGAUGGCCAAAGCGCUGCAGAGCCCGGCCCGGAGCCCGUCCUGUGCCCGGAGACGCUGCGCAGGAACGCAGCGGCGCUGGAGGAGCUGCUGUCGCGGGCGGCGGGCUGGGCCGCGCUGCGCCAGCUCCGAGCGGCCGUGCUGUCCCGGGAGCCCGCGCUGGCGGCCGGGGUGGCGGGCGCGGAGCCGGGCUGGGCGGCGGCCUGCGGGCUGCUGGCGCUGCUGCUGUGCCUCAAGGAGCGCCUGGCCGCUCUCGCUGCCGCCCCCGCCGCCCCCGCCGCUCCCGGGGCACCGCCGCCGGCCGGCGCCGACACGCUGAGCGCGGGGCAGGAGCGGGCGGUGCGGCGGGCGCUGCGCGCUGCCGUGGGGCUGGGGCUGCUGCCGCACCUGCCGCCGGGGCUCGGACCGGGACCGGGGCUCGGGACACCGCCCGCUAACCGCGGGGCUCGGCUGUUCGCCGCUGCGGGCGCGCUGGCCGAGCUGGCCCGGCUGCCGGCCCUGGGCGCCCCGMUGCUCGCCCGCCACCUCCGGCUGCUGCUCGCCGGGCUCUGCGUGCUGGGACACGGCCCCGCCGCSCUCUGCCAGGGAGUUUCGGAAGCGGAGCGAGCAYGGUGCCGGGAAGCCCUGCGGGAUAUCCUGGACCGUGUUUACCAACCGCUGGCGGUGCAGGAGCUGCUSGUCCUGCAGGGACAGCCCAAGCAGAGAUCUCCACGUGCCGGGGCAGCUCCGGCCUGGCUGCGGCGGCUCUGCGGGCACCUGCUCUCCGAGAGGCUGCUGAGGCCUGGUGGGGUGCGGGCCGUGGUUCAGGGUGUCUUGGAGGGGACAGAUGGUGGUGCUGGCRCUGAAGCAGCAGCUCUGGACUGGAGGAAGUGUGAUGCAGUUGGGAAGAUCCUGGCAGCGUGCCCACAGCAGUGCCUGUCCCUUGAGGAYUACUACAGACAGGUGUGCCCACAGAUUCUGGAAUUACUGCACAUCCAGGACAAAGCAGCAGCGCGGCAGUUCCAGCGUGUGGCCACCACCACUCUGCUCACCAUGGCCCGGGAGCAGCCCCAGUUGGCAGAGAGGCAUCUGCUCCAGCCCCUGCUGGCCCCGCUCCRCCGCUGCUCCCAGGCUGCAGAGCUAGCACUGGAGRAUUUGGCAGCAGGGGCUGUGCUGGUGCCAGAGGCAGAGCUGGGCAGCUGUGUGGAAGAUGUGCUCAAGGUGUAUGUGGUUGGCAAUGACAGCUCCAGCCUGCUGCUGGGAUCCUUACAGUCAGUGCUGGGAGUGGUUUUUUCUCUCUAUUCCUUCGCCAAGCAGAAUGUGUCAUACUUACGCUCCCCAUGCCAGGAGAUCCUGCUGUGGUUCCUGGAGAAGGCGGAGCGGGAGCGGUCCCUGGCUGUGCUGGAGGGUCUGGCUGGGCUGAGCAGCCAUGUGCCCACCCUUCACCCACAGUGCCAGCUCCGUGUGGGCAGUGAGGGUGGUGCUGCUGUCGUGGUGGAGGAAACCAUCAGUGACGAAGAUGAGGCCCUGUACCAGAAGAUCUCCUCAGAGCAGUGCCACGUGGAGAGCUUGGUGGAGCUCCUGUCCCACUGCCAGAAGAGUGGUCUGGCUGGAGACUUCUUCAUCCACUGCCUGAAGGAGCUGACUCAGGUGGCUGCAGAGGACGAGGUGGCUCCAAACCCUGCUGUGGAGCCUGGAGGGAGUUUGCUGGAGCUGGAGCAGCACCAGGCCAGGCAGGGGAGGAAGCUGCUGGUCCUGCAGCUCGUGGCUGCACUGUGUGAAGGCGUCUCUGACACCGUGUUCACUGACAUUGUGCAGGUGCAGGAGUUCGUGGGGGCCGUGCUGCACCGGGCUUGUGUCCAUCCUGCUCAGGGUCCCGGCGCAGCCACCGAGGCGCAGACACUCGCCAUGGCCAUGGGGCUGGUGGCCACCGUGCUCGGCGGGGCCGUGCAGCUCCAAUCCAGCGAUUUCGUGGUGCUGAAGCGGCUGGUGCCGCUGCUGGAGGAGCUGUCCCGCACCUACCCCGAGCCCCUGACCCAGGAGCUGGCCUCAGACCUGCGCAUUGCCAUCUGCACCCAUGGUGCCUGCUCCCCGGGCACGGUGGGUGCUGCUGCUGAUGGUGUGCUGGGCAGGAAGGCUGGCAUGGGAGCACAGAGCCCUGCUGGUGUUCCUGACAAAACCCCCGGCUCCCCGCGCCACGGACAGCACAGACAGCACAGCCCCUCUGCUCACGGGGACAGGAACAAAGGGCAGAGCACAAACCACGAGCCCAGCACCACCAGUGCCUCUCCAGCCCCRUGUGCUGACAGCCUGGCCCCGGCCGGGCUCCAGGAGCUGCUGCUGUCAGCCUACGACCCCCAGCCCUCGUGCCGGGCAGCUGCCCUGCGCCACCUCGCCAGCCUGGUCACCCAGCGGGCCCCGGAGGCWCUUCAGCUUCAGGAGAAGCUGCUGCAGGUGUUCCUGGAGAACAUGCAGCACGARGAUGCCUUUGUCUACCUCUCAGCCAUUCAAGGCGUUGCYCUGCUCUCCAGUGAGUACCCGGAGCGGAUCCUGCCUGUCCUGCUGGCACAGUACGAGUGCCCAGCACAGGGCACAGAGGAUGCUGCAGCUGCUGUCACCAGGAUGAAGCUGGGCGAGGUGCUGAUGCGUGUCACCCGGGCACUGGGGGACAUGGUGUUCCAGCACCGGGAGCCGCUGAUCCGGGCUUUCCUGCGGGGUGCCCGCGAUCCCGACAGUGCCCUGCGUGCCAGCAGCCUCUCCAACCUGGGCGAGCUCUGCCAGCACCUCGGCUUCCAGCUGGGAUCCAUCGUCCAGGAGGUCACCUGCUGUGUGACGGCCAUAGCUCGGACAGACCCCGAGGCUGAGGUGCGAAGAGCUGCUGUGCACGUGGUGGUGCUGCUGCUGCGGGGGCUGAGCGAGAAGGUCACCGAGGUGCUGCGGGAUGUGCUGCGGGAUCUGUACCGCCUGCUGAAGCACGUGGUGACCGCCGAGCGCGACGGUGCGACCGUGCUGCACGCGCAGCUGGCGCUGGAUGAGCUGGACACCGCUGUCAGGAGAGCCCUGUUCCCCCCACAAACGCUGCAGAAGAAGAUCGUGGUGCUGCCAUAGCGGGGAUGAGCUCCUGGAAAUGAACUGUUCCUGCUCUGGGGUCGGGGCYGGUGCCUUCCCACGGGGAGGGGUUGCUGUGCCCUCCAGGACACCGCUGGCGGUGUCGGACAGGGAGGGGACCUCGCUGGGACGGGGUGUGGGAUUAAAGAGAGA